AUGUCAUCUAAAUUAGAAAAGCCAAUAGGAAUCGUAGCUAAGCACUAACGGAACCAAUCAAUGCCGAUUUCAUUUAGAGCUCCCAUAUAAAACGUAGUGUAGUUAGCCUUUGAUCAUUUAGUGAAACGACUGGAUGAAAAUUUCGAAAUUGAUACCUUGGUAAUGACUGAAAUCAGACAUAAUAAGCCAUUAAUUCAAGAAUUUAUGAAAACAUCUGGUUCCAAACAUGAAUACAGACUUUUCUAGAACUUGCACACAAUCAUUGAGAAUCAAAGACAAAUUAAAAUCCAAACAGCUAAAAAUAGAUUUAAGACUCUUGAUGAUGAAAAAAUAAAAGAACAAGAAGAAAAAUUAAAAUAGGAAAAGCUACGCUAGAAAAACUUUGUCAAAAAUGACUUGGAGAGAGUCUAGGAAAUGUUCAACAAUAUAAUAAAGAAGUGUGAUUCUAUAGAUAGAAUGGCAGAAGAGGUCGAGGAUAACAAUAUAGAAGCACAAUAUAAGCUCAGCUUGAUAGAAGAAGAUAGGCCAUAAACAUUAAAACUAUUGGGCGAUGAACCACCAGGGGAGAAGAUUAGGGAGAUGAUGGAGAUCUGGGAUAAUGCUAAAAUUGAUUCAAAUUAUGACUUGGAGUAGCUACAAGGAGAGUUAUGGGUAACAGCAGAGGAGUUCGAGAAAAAGCUAGAGGAUGAUAUCAAGGGCUACUAAAUCGAGAGAUAAAAUCUUAUCGACCACUAUCUAAGGAAAAUUGAUUAGCAGAAAAAAAUUCAUUGCUUCUAUUUAGAAUCUUUAGAAAUUAGUUUUAACGACUAUAAGAUGAAGCAUAAUAGAGAUAUGGAACUUACGCAGAUGAUGCUGAAUGAUUACUAGAGUAAAAUCAUGAAUGAACACAUUACAGAUGAAGAGAUCAACAAAUUACUCAUAAGAGCAUCUUCACCUAGUGACAUGGAAGAUGCAAUAGUAAUUUACCUAACUAGAUUAAUCAAUGAUAUUUAGAGCAAGAUUCAACUCUUGAUUAAGGUCAUCAGAAAUUUCUAGGUGACCGCUCUCUUGGAGAUUCAGUUUAAAGAUUUGGAGAAUGCUAAUUUUAAUCUGGAGAUGUGCAUGAAGAAAAUCCUUGCAGAUCUUGGCUGUGAGGACGUAUCAGAUAAACUCAGAAUAAUGAUCUUUAACAAAGAAUAUCAGAAUCUAAAAAAAUUGAAUUUGCAGCCAGUUUAUGAUAAGGUCCAGAAAUUUGUUGAAUUAAAGAACUAAUUCAUUGAGAUUAGAAAUUCUAUGAAAAAUUGCAAACUUCAUUUGAUAGAUGAACUCUGGGGGAAUAAUGAAAUUGACAGAAGAGCCAUAGUAAAUGCUCUUAUGAGUGAGUCUUUGAUGGAGUUACUUGGGGUAGAUCUCUCUACAGAUGAAUUCUAGAUUCAAUUAAAUAACCCACAGAAAUAUAAGCCAAGUAUAGCUGCUCUUUAAACUAGAGUUAUCAUGAAAACAAGAACCAUCGGUGCUCCAAUUACAUCUGAUAAGAAAAAAGAGGACAUCCAAGGCAGUCGAAUGAGGAGAGAUGCGUCAUCAAACAGGAUAAAGACUAUAUAAUCUCCUUAAGGGGUUAAAAAGAGUCCUAUUGGUAUAAGAAAGGAGGCCAUUAAUAAUUUUACUUUUGAUGAGCAAACACCAGAAAAUAAACCUUAUACUGAAUCUAAGUUUAAGAACAGGAAUAAUUCAGUUGAAAGUGAUAACUCAAUGAAGGUGCCUGAACUUAGCAGGAAGGGUAAGGAGUCACUCAGAGUGAAUACCAAAAAUAUCAAUUAACUUGAUAGUAACUCCAAAGAUAAAGACUUUAAGGAGCAGGUCAAAUCUGCUAUCAAUAAAAAUAAAAAGCUGAGACAGACAUUUAACAAGUCACCUACUAUCCGCUAAAAGAUUAAAGAGGAACCUCAUGACAUGAAAGAUUUCGGAGUCUAAGUUGAACCUGUUAAGCAGAGGAAAUCAGAUAAAGAUAUAUAAUGCCAGGUAUUUACCACACUAAUAAGCAUUUUAUAGAUUGAGAUAUACGAGAUAACUAAGGCUCUUUAGAAUGAUACUAUUAGAGAAGAACCUCAACAAAGAAAAAGUCCUGCCAAAAAGAUGCCACUUUCAUAGAGAAGAGAAAGUAUUAUCAAGAAACCAGUCGAAUAGUAUGUUGAGGCAGAAAAUUAUGCGCAUAUUGUUGAUAAUCUAAUGACUUAUGGAAAAUUAAGAAGAUUCAAUGUCAACAUCAAUGAAUAAUAAGCUACAUUAGAGAGUAGAGGAGGGGAAACUUAGAUCACUAAUGAAACUGGGACUAUCGAUAACUAAAUUCAAAUUAAAAACAGCAUAAGAGCUGAUACUCAAUAGAAAUAUGCAUUCAGAAAAUCAUCUAUCCUAUACAAAGAGUAAAGCAUUAAGUCUGUGACAGAUCAAUGCAUCAUGACAGAUAUAUCAAUUAAUCCAGAUUAAAUCCUAAACAUGAGAUUGAAAAUUGAAACUCUAAGCACACUUUCAAACCUUAAUGAACUAAUCACUCAUUAGCAAAACAUUGGAGGCUUGAUUUUAAGCGAAGAUCAGUUAAUCAAGCAACCAUCUUUUGGAUUAAGAAAUCAUAGAGGAUUGAGAAGCAAAAAUACCUUUUAAUUGAAGAGGAAUUCAUUAGAUAAGCAACCUUUCAUGUCCACCUAAUAUUCCUAGGGAAUUGACACAAAUAACUCCUUGUUUGAUUCAUUCAAUGACAACUCCAAUCAACUAUUUCCCUAGCACAAACCUAUUAAGAAUAAGAAUAUGAGUCUUGACUUUGUACCAAAUUCAGCUAGAUAUAACCAGCAUAAUUUUGACCCUUAGCAAUUAUUUUAGGAACCAGUUUAAAGCAAAAAUUUCCCAUUCCCGAAAUCUGGCAAUAAGUUUUUCCCAAAUUUGACAAAGAAAUUAAGUGUUGAACAAAGAAAAAGCUAGAUUGAAUAGCAGAUGAAUGAAGACCUUAAAAUGAACAAUCCUCUCUCUAAUACCAAUAAUUCUGUUGAUAGACUAUAGAAUGAAAGUUCAAUAAUGGUAAAUUAUUAAGGAAUAUAGCAAAGAGAACUCAUGAUAGCGUCUCAAUAGAUCACACCAAGAAAUAUUGUUAGCUUAACUGGUGGAGAUUGGAGAAAGCAUCAGAAAAAUCUGAGAAAUUUAGGCAAAAAGGAUAGAUAGAUAUUUAGUGGAGGAGCAUCAAUGAAUUAAUCUGUAUAAGAUAGUCCUAUAUAAGUAAAUGGAAAGUUUUUUCAAUAUUAGCCAUUAAUGAAAAAGAGAUGA